AAACUAUUAAAUUGAUGCUGCUGACUGUUGCAACUGUCAACAAGUUCCGGGUAACGUUUGCCUGAUGACCUCAGCCUGUCGGCCCAACGUAAACAUCGCUGUUUGUCGCCGAGGCUAACGCCUGUUGAGCUCCUAAUCUCCGACAUUACGACAUGGCAAAGAAAACGGAGGACUCCGGGGAUUUAUGGCUUUGAUAACCUCAAAAGUACUCCCUUCCAUGGUUCGACCCCAAAUCUUGAUCUGACUCCACCAUGUCGUCGCGUGUGCUGCUGCGGCAGCAGCUGAUGCGGGAGCAGGCUCAGGAGCAGGAGAGGCGCGAGGCCCAGCAGCAGGCCUCCGCCUCUCAGCUCCGGGCCUCUGACUCCACUCCAGCCAUCUCCGUCACCCUGCCCCCCAAUGCUGCACGCCCCCCUCCCGCACAGGUGCCCGUGGAGGUGCUCAAAGUGCAGACCCACUUGGAGAACCCCACCAAGUACCACAUCCAGCAGGCCCAGAGGCAGCAGGUCAAGCAGUACCUCUCCACCACGCUGGGCAACAAUGCGGUCACACAGACUCUCGGCGUGUCGCCCAUGCCGCAGUCCAGUUCGGCUCCUGAAAUUGCUCCCACUGCCAGCAGUGCCCCCAACAGUCCCAUGGCUCUACUCAACAUCGGAUCUAAUAAGGAAGAGAUUGACGAUGUGAUCGACGACAUCAUUAGUCUUGAAUCCAGUUUUAAUGAUGACAUCAUCACAUUGAUUGACUCAGGUCUUCAGCUGCCAAGCACGCUCCCGGGAAAUCUGCUGGAUGUCUAUCACAGUCCUGGAAUGGCAGCACCCACCCUCACCGUCAGCAACUCCUGCCCCGCUGACCUUCCAAAAAUUAAAAGGGAAAUUACCGGUACAACACAUGUUUACAUGCAUGCAGAUACCAAAGCACUAUUGAAAGAAAGGCAGAAGAAAGACAACCAUAACCUCAUUGAACGGAGGCGGAGAUUCAACAUCAACGACCGCAUAAAGGAGCUGGGAACCCUCAUACCCAAAUCAACCGAUCCAGAGAUGCGCUGGAAUAAAGGCACCAUCCUGAAAGCUUCCGUAGACUACAUCAGGAAGCUACAGAAGGAGCAGCAGAGAUCCAAGGAUAUCGAAAUGCGCCAGAAAAAGCUGGAACAAGACAAUCACAUUCUGAUGCUACGCAUCCAGGAACUGGAAAUGCAGGCGCGCCUCCACGGCCUGUCCUCCGCCAGCGGCCUGAGCUCGGACGCCCGCCUCCUGCAGCAGCAGCAGGCGGCCCAGCCCAGCGGCCCGUCGCUGGCUCCCAACGCGGGGGGCAACCUCCUCGCCCUGAGGGCCGGCGGCCAGCCCCUGCCGGCCUCCUUCCUGUCCCCGCCCUCCUCGGAGUCCCCGGCCGGCGUCACCAUCAGCAGCCCGCUGGACCUGGGCAGCCUGAGCUUCGCCGAGCUGGACGACUCCUCGGCCUCGGCGCUCUACCCCGGCGUGGGCCUGGGGGACAUCCUGAUGGACGACGGCUGCGCCCUGUCCCCCGACAGGAUGGGCGAGCCGCUGUUUUCCCCCCUGUCACCCGGUGCCUCCAAAACCAGCAGCCGCAGGAGCAGCCUCGAAAUGGACGAGGACUUGUGAUGAGUUUUGUGCGGUCAGUAGAGACGAUGGAAGUCCAUCCUCAUUAACACGAGUCUAUUUAUAGAACUGUAGCAGUGAACUAUAAAAGUAAGCAGAGCUGUUUAAAAAAACUAAUACUAACUUAAAUAUUAGGUCCAGAGAAAGUUCUUGAGUCUUCUAUGCCAUACAGACCUAAUUACUAUAGUUCCUAUUUGGAACAGUCGAUUAUGAUCGGGUUUCUAGAUGCAAUCUGAAAAUGGAAUAAUGCAUUAUAGAGGCAUGCAUUAAAAAGAUAAUACAUUCUCUAUAGUUUUAAGAUUUACUCAGAGAUUUAAGAGGGAUUUUUUUUUCUUUUUUUGCUUGAAUUUAUGAUAUGCUUUCAUCAUGUGUGGGGCGAAAAAAAGCUGUGAGAUUUCUUUUUUUCGACAACCUUGGCAUGACAAAAUGUAUUCAGAGAUGCCAACGUGCGCGUUUUGUUGGGUUCUUUCCUCAACUGACUGGAAUCAGGGUUCGUCGGUAGCAGUCGCAUGCUCAUCCGUGUUGGGUCGUUUCACCAGCAGCUACAGAAGGGAUCUUUGUAAAGAAAAUUGGCACAUCGUGACCUAUUUCCUGCAUAUUGUACAUAAGAGUAUUUUAUUUUGAGCAGUUUUUAUUGCACCUUACUUUAUGGCAGUCUAUGCAUUUUUCUGAAAGCUUGUGUCUGUUUUUAUCGCCAUCACACACACACAGUGGGCCGCCAUGGCCCACAUUCCGUGUACUCGUAAUAAACCUUAGAAGCGGUGAGAAAUCACUCGCUGCUGCAGCUAGUCGGCCAAAGCAGGACUUCCUCCAGAGUAGCUAAAUAUUACAAAUCAGCUUUUUAUUUUUUGAAUGCGUUUGCAUCGUCACUAGAAAUGCAAGAACACGUGGGAAUUUCUUUUUUUUUUUCUUUUCUUUUACACCAGUACUGUAGUUCAUCUUUUUUUAUACCUGAUAGUUGGAUAAGUGGGUUUUCAGUACUAAUAUCUGUGUCGUCAGUGACUGUUUGUCCCCCUUAACCUCGGUAAUCACUGAGUGAUUUUACCAGUUAGCAUGUUCUGCUAAGAUUACGGUCUUUUUAUUUCUUUUCUAGAGGAUCAGAUGUAAUAUCUAAUUAUGCAUCAAUACUCAUUGUAGUAUGAAUUUUAGAGGGCUGUGGCUCUCUUUAAAACCACUAGUCACCUCCUUCAUAAUAAUGUAUGACUUUUGUUUGGAACCUGCAAUGCAAUUAUUUUAUAAAGUAGCCACAAAGUUUAGAAUUGUAACUCAUUUGUUAGAGGCUUAACACAACCUUAUGUACAGUUGUUGAAUGUGUGUUUUGAGAAUGUACCUACAUAUAUAAGUUGUUUUUUUUUUCCUUUUUAAAGAUUUUUGUCCAACAAGCAUAUGCAGCUUCAGAUAAAAAAAUCUGAAGUUCCAGUGGAUCUAAAAGAUGGUAGUUUCAGUAACAUUGGCUGGUUGGGACUAUUCUGAAGCGUCCUCAGCCGUUUAUUCAAAGAAUUUCGGCUACUUUUAUGCUGAGAGCAGCUCCACCCUCACAAAUGGCAGUCUCUCCAUAUUCAAAACAUGUUUGAUCUGCUUUUUUUUCCCCUGCUCAUUCACAUCUGCUCUGCACAAUAUUGACUAUGUCCACCUCGACAUACAUUUGAGCACUAACAAUCAGUUACUAACCAUGGACGUGUGUCUUUGUCCCCCACAAUAUGGCUUUCAGAAGAUUUUAACAAAUAAAAAAAAUAAAUUCUCGUCGGCUCACGUGUGGAUGUGGUCGUUUCCUAACGGGGGACCGUCAGUGGUUGAGCAUUUGGGAGAUCUCCAUGCCCAGGUCGACGCACUCGGUGGCGUGGAGGCAGACCUCGCAGACG